UCCCAAGUUCUCUGCCUACAGUGAUCGUCCCUCUCUCACUGUGUCCUGCACCACCCACAAAGAUUAUAGCCAUGCCCUCCUUCUGCAGUUGCUUCUUAAUGACGGCACUCCAAGUGGCAGCGAUAUGCCAGGUCCAUGCAGGGGUGUAUUAUGGACACAAGCAGCUUCCCCAGCAGCUCCAGCCCAUGCCACAGUUACCUCAGAUGCCCCUUGGUAAGGAAGGGGUGCCGCAUCAACAGUACCUGGGCAAGGAGAUGCUGCCACACAUACAGUAUGGCAAAGAACUGCCUAUGAUGCCGCAGUACAGGAAGGAGCUUCCACAGAUACCAAUGCACAUGGGGAAGGAGGUGCCACGCAAGAAUGGCAAAGGUGACAUAGUUCCCAGAGGUGAAAAGGGUGUUCCAGGAGAAAUAGGUCCUCAGGGGCCUCCAGGCCCUCAGGGUCCUCCAGGUUUGCCAGGCCAUGGAUUGCCAGGACCCCCAGGAAAGCCUGGUCCGUCUGGACCCCCAGGAUACCCAGGAGUUGGUAAACCAGGUAUGCCCGGAAUGCCAGGAAAACCAGGAGGAAUUGGACCUCCAGGGCCAAAAGGUGAAGCGGGUCCUGCUGGUGGAGAGGGACCAAUGGGGCUGCCAGGGCCACAGGGCCUACCAGGCCCUCCAGGACUGCCUGGGAUUGGGAAGCAGGGAGGACAGGGGCUACCAGGACAGCCAGGACCCAGAGGAGAGUCUGGCCACAAGGGUCUGCCUGGUUUACCUGGCCUGCUUGGACCCAAAGGUGACAAAGGGAUUGGUCUGCCAGGAUUACCAGGUUUAAAAGGUCCCAUCGGACCACCAGGGCCACCAGGUCAGGCUGGACUUCCAGGGAUUGGCAAACCCGGGUUGAAUGGCCUGCCAGGGGCUCCUGGGGCACUAGGAAAGCCAGGACCCCCUGGAGAGCCAGGACUUGCUGGUCCACCAGGUGAAGCAGGACAACCAGGGCCACAAGGACUACCAGGGGUUGGUAAACCAGGUCUUGAUGGGUUACCAGGACAACCUGGGUUUCAAGGUUUAAAGGGAGAACAGGGCCCACCUGGCUUACCUGGAGCUCCGGGAUUGCCUGGAUUUGGUAAGCCAGGGUAUCCCGGUCAGAAAGGUGACAGGGGUUUGGCUGGUUUACCUGGUGCCCCAGGUCCAAAGGGCGACAAAGGCCAAGGUGGCUUCCCUGGGAUGGUUGGGCCCCAGGGGCCUAUUGGACCACCCGGCCCACCAGGUCCAAUGGGACCGCCUGGAGGUCUUGGUUUCCCGGGUCCUAAAGGAGAAGUAGGUGCUGGAGGACCACAGGGUCAGGCAGGUCCUAAGGGUGAACCAGGACCUCCAGGACUUCCAGGACAGCCAGGCUUUCUUGGAGAGGUAGGUCAACCAGGACCACGGGGCUUUCCUGGCCCCAUGGGGCCAAAAGGUGAAAAUGGACACAAGGGGCUUCCAGGUCUUCCAGGAGCACCUGGUAUGCCUGGUCCAAAAGGAGAAGUGGGUAUGCCAGGCGAACAAGGUCUUCAAGGCCCUAAGGGCAUCCCAGGAAUUAUGGGCCCUGGAGGACCAAUUGGGCCUCCAGGUGUUCCAGGACCAAAAGGUGAUAUUGGGCCACCUGGUCAGCCUGGCCGCCCAGGUGAAGGAAAACCCGGUCUCCAGGGUCCUUUGGGACCAACAGGAAAAUCAGGACCCAGUGGACCCCCAGGCCUACCUGGCCAACCAGGACCACCUGGCCCUCCUGGCCCACCAGGGCCCCCAGCUGAACUUCCUGGAUUUGGACAGAUCCUGCCAGAGAUGGGCCCAGGUCUUGAUGGUGUCAAGACCCCACUUGGGGCCUACACGAAGGGGAAGUACGGGGCACAGGCAAUGGGUGGGAAUGGCUUAGAGAUGCCUGCAUUCACAGCAAAGCUGACAACUCCUUUUCCUCCUGUGGGUACCCCUGUGGUGUUCGACAAGCUUUUAUACAAUGGCCGCCAGAACUACAACCCCCAGACCGGCAUCUUCACCUGCGACAUUCCAGGGAUUUACUACUUUGCUUACCAUGUCCAUUGCAAGGGAGCCAAUGUAUGGGUGGCCCUGUACAGGAACAAUGAGCCUGUGAUGUACACCUAUGAUGAGUACAAGAAGAACUUCCUGGAUCAAGCAUCAGGAAGUGCAGUGCUCCCUCUACAGCCUGGGGACACUGUGCACAUUCAGCUUCCUUCAGACCAGGCUGCAGGACUAUAUGCAGGCCAAUAUGUCCACUCAUCUUUCUCUGGAUUCUUGCUGUACCCAAUGUAA